AUGUUAUUCGAAAAUAUAGAAAGUCUCGACAAUUUAUUACUGAACAACAAGUUAUUACGGUAUUACAGAAUGGUGUAAAAAAUUCAUUAAAGGAACAUUUAAUUCGUAAUGAAAAAGAAAUUAAAAAACCAGAAGAAUGGUUGCAAUUUGCAAGAGAAGAAGAAUAUAUACAAAAACGAAUUCAACAAAAAAUUAACGUUCCACAUCAUGAAUCAAAGAAUUUACCAUUUUUUGAACGUACAUUAUCAACUGCAACAAUUCAACCAACGUCAACAAAUAUUCAGUUAUCAAGUCAACAACCAUCUACAUCACGUCAUUAUUAUAAAAAACAACAUCAACAACAAUCAACAUCAACACGUAGUCGAACAUACCCAACACAAAAUAAUUAUAUGACCCUUAACCGAAAUCAAGAAAAUUAUCCAAAAAAGGAAACUCAGCAAUCAACUCCAUCAAAAACAAUAAAUCAUUUAUCUGCAAAUUGCUCAACAUUAGAUAUUAUUGGUGAAAUACCUUUAGAAAUAAAUGUUAAUGGAAUAAAAACAACAAUUAUUGCUGAUGUUACAACAAACCUUGUUACAAAUUUAAUAUUAGGUAGUGAUUGGAUUCAAUCAAAUAAUGUUUAUAUCCUUACACCUGAACAACGAAUUAUGAUCCGAAGUCAAGGUAAAGAAGUAUCAACUCCUUUUGUACAACCACCUCUUCUAAAUUAUCCAGCUACUUUGAUUAACUAUAUUACUUUUCCUCCUUUUUCAGAAAAAAUAGUAGAAGCAAAAGUUCAACCUAACAAUAUGACUGACAUAUUAUUUGAACCAAAUCCUCGGUUAAGAAAUAAAGCAUUAUUUACUGCAAAUGCAUUACUCAAUAUCGAAAAUAGCAAAAUUAGAAUUAGUAUAAUUAAUGCAACUAAUCGACAACAAACGCUUUCCGAAGGAACCAAAUUAGGUAUAGUGACACAAGUAUCUUCUACAAUUGGUGUCACCAUGUCAUCAAAUUAUUUAACAGAACGCAUUCCGGAAGGAAAAGCGUGUAAAGAGCUCAUUCCUGAAGGGAAAGGAGCGAAUAAAUCAAACAAAUUAAAUUUUAAUAAUAUGCUGACUACAACAGUACAUGGAAAACAACACCAAUGUCGUGAAUGUUAUCGAAAUUUUGAUACUGGCAAUGAAUUGUUUAAACACCUUAGAAACAAAUGUUAUCCUGAAGAAAUAAGACAGCAAAUAAACAAAUUAACCGAACAUAUUAGUGAUGAUAAACAACGGGAACACAUUUUAAAAAUUUUAUGGAAAUAUGGAAAAUUAUUUGAUAUUAGAAGACCAUCAAAAAUUGAUAUUGUUUUAAAAAAUGCUAUUGAUACUGGUACACAUCGACCAAUCCAUACUCCACCAUAUAGGAAAUCGAACAAAGAUCAAGAAACCUUAAGAAAAGAAACAGAUAAAUUAUUAAAAAAUGCAAUUAUUGAACAUUCAACAUCACCAUGGUCUUCACCUGUCGUUUUAGUAAAAAAGAAAGAUGGAACAACAAGAUUUUGUGUCGAUUAUCGUCGUUUGAAUCAAAUUACAACGAAAGAUGCUUUUCCUCUACCAAGAAUCGACGAUAUUUAUGACCAAUUAACAAAAGCAACAUAUUUUACAAAAUUUGAUUUCAAAGCAGGUUAUUUUCAAGUACCAUUAGACAAAUCAGAUCGACCAAAAACAGCAUUUUCAACUCGAGAUGGACAUUUUCAAUUUAAAGUAUUACCACAAGGUCUUACUAAUGGACCACCAACAUUCCAACGUAUUGUUAAUCAAAUAUUGGGUCCGAAUAGGUGGAAACAUGUACUCGCCUAUAUCGAUGACAUUAUUAUUUACUCACAAAAUUUUAAUGAACAUUUAAAGCACAUUGAAGAAGUAUGUUCAUUAUUACAGGAAGCAAAUUUUAAAUUAAAUGUUGAAAAAUGUGAAGUUGCAAGACCAGAAAUAUUAUUUCUUGGACAUGUAAUUAAAGCUGGUACUAUUAAACCUGAUCCAAAUAACAUUCGUGGCUUGACUGAUACAAGAGAACCAACAUCAGCUGAAGAAGCAUUUAGAUUCGUCAAAGCAGCAGAAUAUUAUAGGAAAUUUAUUCCAAAAUUUUCCACAAUUGCUGCACCAUUACAUAAAUAUUCUCCAGCAACAUUACAACAACAAAAGUAUAAUAAAAAAUCAACAUUUGAAUUAACUGAUGAAGCUAGAACAGCAUUCCAUCACCUCAAGAAAAUAUUAACAACUGAUCUUAUUCUUGAUCUGCCUGAUGAUACAUUACCAUUUAAAUUACAAACUGAUGCUUCUGGAGAUGGAAUUGGUGCCGUUUUAUUACAAAUUACUGCCAACGGGGAUCGACCACUAGCAUACAUGUCAAAGAAAUUAACAAAAACACAAACUAAUUGGCCAACAAUUGAACAAGAAUGUUAUGCAAUAGUACAAGCAAUAGAAAAAUGGGACAAAUAUCUUCGUGGCCAUGAAUUUAUAUUAGAAACUGAUCAUGAACCGUUAGUUCAUUUUACAAACAAAGAACAAUUAAAUAAAAGAUGUGAACGAUGGCGAUUAAAAUUAGCUGAAUAUCGGUUUAAGGUGAAACACAUACAAGGCAAGAAAAACAAUAUGGCAGAUUAUCUUUCAAGAUCACCAGUCGAAAUAGCUGAAGAAGAUAUUGAAGAACGAACUCAAUAUGAAUCUGCAUCAACACAAACAGAUUUAUCAUUUUCAUCAUUAAAUAAAAAUUUAAUUCCAUUAAAAAUAACAACAGCAGUUACUAGAGCUCAAGCCAAGUUACAACAACAAGCAAUGGCAACACCAUCUAUUAAACCAACAGAUGAAAAAAUGAAUGAGCUCAUCCCACAAGGGAAAGUAGCGAUUGAUGAAGAACCGAUAAUCAAACAAUCAGAUGAAAAUCCAAAUAAGAUCAUCCCAUUUGAUAUGGAUGAUUUAAGAAAACUUCAAGAAGAAGAUAAAACAACUCAAGAAAUAAAAAAGAAUAUCAAGAAUAAAAAACAUUAUUCUAUCGAAGAUGGAAUAUUAUUUAGAAAACAACAACUACCACUUCCAUCUGUACCAUAUGUUCCAGCAGGACGAAUACGUGGUGAUAUAUUAAAAAUUUAUCAUGAUACACCUGCUAAUGGAGCUCACUUUGGACGUGACAAAACAACAAGAAAAAUUCAAGAACGUUAUUACUGGCCAACAAUGAUAGCUGAUAUUAGAAAUCAUAUUAAUUCAUGUUUACCAUGUGCACAAAAUAAUUAUCGUCGUCAAAAAUUACCAGGAAAAUUAAAACCAAUACCACCACCUGAAGGAAUAUGGAAAUUAUUAAGUAUGGAUUUUCAUGGUCCAAUAACUCCAACAUCAAAACAAGGAAACAGAUACAUAAUAUCUCUUACAGAUGUAUUAUCAAAAUUUGUUAUUACAAAAGCCGUUCGAGAUUGUUCAGCAACAACAGCAGUGAAAUUUCUUAGUAAUGAUGUUAUAUUAAAAUAUGGAACCCCAACAUGUAUUUUAACUGAUAAUGGUACUCAUUUUACUUCUCAACUUACGAACAAAUUAUUUGAAAAUCUUGGAGUUACUCAUUUAUAUUCAACAGUAUAUCAUCCACAAACGAAUGGACAAAUCGAACGAUUUAAUGCUACAAUGGAUGGAAAAAUAGCAGCUUUAUGUAAUGAACGACGUACCGACUGGGAUGAAGUAUUACAAUUCGUCACAUUUAAUUAUAAUACAUCAAUACAUGCAACAACAAAGCAAACACCAUUUGAAAUGAUGCAUGGACGACAAGUUACUCUUCCAUUUGAUCAACAAAAAGAAAUUAUUACGCUCACACAAGAUCCAGAGCAUAGUCGAAAAGUUAGAAUAUACCUCGAAAAAUUAGUACAUGAAGCUCGAAACAAUAUUAUCAAAAAUCAACAACAAUACAAAGCUCGAUAUGAUUUACAUAGACAAGAUUUAUUAUUAAAUGUUAAUGAUUUAGUUUUAAUCAAAACAAGAAAUGUUAGAAAUAAAUUUGAUAUACGAUAUGAAGGUCCAUUUAAGAUUAUUAAACAAUUAGGACAUAAAACAUUCAUUGUUCAACAUGUAAAAAAAUUAACAUUAACAAGACAAGUAACAAUGGAUGUUAUCGUUCCGUUGGUGGAACGAUGGAAUUUAAUUUAA